UUUUAGGAUGAAAAAGAAGAAAAAGAAAACACGUGUGGAAAAUAAGUCGGAAUGGUCGCUAAGGAAACGACAGGGUUUCCGACUUUUGGAUCCGGUUGACUAUCAAUUACCUACCUGCUCUCAUGGACCUUGUUUGUUGUUCGAACGCAAAACCGGGCACACAACAGAAAAAUUUUUUGCCUGUGCCGUUUAUCGAUCUAAAAAACGUUGUUCAUUUCGGUUGAAUAUAAGUUACAAAACUCUUCCAAGUAAUUUGCUCAGUAAUUCCGACAAUUUGAAUGUUGCUACAACAUCGUUCAAUUACGCUACUAUACGAAAAAAAGUGAAUUUAUUGAGAGCAGAAGAUGAGAAAAUUUAUUACUGCAUAACUUGCAAUGAUGUGUUUUCAUUGCCACAUAUUCAUCCGAUGAAAGGACCACUUGGAAUCCCUUCUUUGAGAAGGCCAUCACAGUUGUUUUCCGCGCAUAUGCAAAAUGAUUCUGAAAGCCAAUAUUGGUUCACGGAGGAAUCUUUGGCAGUAAUAGUAAAUGCUAUUGAAAAAUCCGGUUGUGAUGGAGUAUUGUGCAUCGGAACACCAACAGUAUUCGAAUAUUUUCAAAGUGACAAAUUGCUUCGAUGGAAAAUAAAAUCAUUUUUAUUGGACAUCGAUGCUCGAUUUGUGCCAUUUUUGCGAUCCAGUCAUUUUGCAGUAUACAGCAUGCUGACAAAUCACUUUUAUGACCCAGUGAGUAUCCGAAAACUUAUUACAUUCUUUGGAUCUAUCCAUCGUUUAGUGAUAGUUUGCGAUCCUCCUUUCGGUGUUUUCAUCGAAGCUUUGACCAAUUCAAUAAAGAAGCUUCGAGAGCAGUUCUUCACAUCCAGCAUUGGCAGAUUGAAUGAUAACUGGUGCAAGAAUAUCAUCAUCCUUCCAAUUUUCACUGGAAAACGCUUUCUAAACUGCAACGAUUUCCAUAUGUUAGAUUACAGAAUUUGCUAUAGAAAUCAUUCGAAAUAUAAACGACCAGAAAAGUCUAUCGUUCGUAUAUUUACUGAUCUUCCGCUGAAUGAAUUUGACUUCUCAAAACUUCCUGAUUACAGAUUUUGUGAUAAAUGUAAGAAGUUUGUCGUAAAAACCACUCUUCACUGCAAUUUUUGCGAAACUUGUCCUUCCGAAGCCAACACUUGUAAGCACUGUAGUAGAUGUGAUCGAUGUGUCAAAAGCACAUACAAGCACUGUUCACUGUGCGAUUGUUGUCAUCUGCCACAAAGAUGUCCCAAAAUUCAGGGAGGUAAUUCUGAAAAUUCUCAAAUGUUCCUAGAGAAGGAAAUAUGCGAACUAAAGAAAGCAAAAAGAAAGUGAUAAUGAAUUGCUAAUCAUCGAUUGUUUUUUUUUUUGUCAAACCUUAAUUGAUGUUGGCAGUGUGUGUAAUGUAAUGAAUAAAGAAAAACAUUUUUUUUUUUUGCAGUGCUUAGUACGCAAUAUGCAAUCAUUGAUCUGAAUUUCUUUUUGCUUCAUAACCUCAACAUUGUUAUAUGAUUUAUGAAAUUGAAUGAUAAGA